AUGGAUGAAAAUGAAAGCAACCAGUCCCUGAUGACAGGCAGCCAAUAUCCUAAAGAAGUAGUAAGAAAGCGCCAAAAUUCUGCACGGGAUUCUGGAGGAAGUACUUCUUCUAGGUUUUCCAGGAAGAGUUUCAAACUGGAUUACAGACUAGAGGAAGAUGUAACGAAAUCAGAGAGAGGGAAGGAUGGGAGAUUUGUUAAUCCUUGGCCAACAUGGAAAAGUAUCUCUAUCCCAAGUAUUCUCAGAUGGCUGAUAAUGGAAAAGGAUCACAGCAGCAUUCCGAGUUCCAAAGAGGAACUUGAUAAAGAACUCCCUGUGCUUAAGCCAUAUUUUGUCAAUGACCCCGAAGCAGCGGGAGUGAGCGAAGCCGGCCUGAGAGUCACGUGGCUGGGACAUGCCACGGUCAUGGUGGAGAUGGACGAGCUCACCUUCCUCACAGACCCCAUGUUCAGCUCUCGUGCUUCACCGUCGCAGCACAUGGGCCCAAAGCGUUUCCGGCACGCACCGUGCUCGGUCAGCGAACUGCCCCACAUCGACGCCGUCCUCAUCAGCCACAACCACUACGACCACCUGGACUACAGCUCUGUCCUCUCUCUGAAUGAGCGAUUCGGCAAUGACUUGAGGUGGUUCGUGCCGCUGGGUCUCCUCGACUGGAUGCAGAAAUGUGGCUGUGAGAACGUGAUCGAGCUGGACUGGUGGGAGGAGAACUGUGUCCCCGGGCAUGACAAGGUCACCUUUGUCCUGACACCUUCCCAGCACUGGUGUAAGAGGACUCUGUUGGAUGACAACAAGGCUCUGUGGGGCAGCUGGUCUGUGUUGGGCCCUUGGAAUCGGUUCUUUUUCGCAGGAGACACUGGGUAUUGCUCUGCUUUUGAAGAGAUAGGAAGGAGAUUCGGACCUUUCGACCUUGCCGCUAUUCCCAUCGGAGCAUAUGCGCCAAGGUGGUUUAUGAAAUACCAGCAUGUGGACCCAGAAGAAGCUGUAAGGAUUCACAUUGAUGUUCAAGCAAAGAAAUCUGUGGCCAUUCACUGGGGAACUUUUGCCUUAGCAAAUGAGCAUUACUUAGAGCCUCCUGUGAAACUGAAUGAGGCUCUAGAAAGGUAUGGACUUAAGAAUGAAGACUUUUUUGUCUUGAAGCAUGGGGAAUCAAGAUACCUACAUAACAAUGAAGAAAGCUUUGAAUAA